AUGAGUCAAAUAAUUGGUUACGUAGUCAUUGAAAAAAACGAAGAUAAUAAACCGAUUAAACUUAGAAUUGAAGAAUCAUUUCUUAGAUACUGUUUAUUAAAUGAUCAUUCAGCAUCAGGAUUUUCCGAUAAAAUUUUAGAAAAUAUUAAAAGCGAUGGAUUAGAUAUCGGUAAAUUACGAGGACAAGGCUACGACGGUGCAGCUGUAAUGGCUGGAGUUUAUAAUGGAGUUCAAAUUAAAAUAAAAGCUUAUUGUCCUCUUGCAGAGUAUAUUCACUAUAAUGUACAUAAUUUAAACUUGGUUUUAAACGAUACAAAAUUUUUUUGA